CCGAGCUAAGCCCAGCCGAGCGGGGCCGGGCCGAGCCAGACGAGCCGAGCGGGGCCGAGCUGAGCGGCAGCAUGCUGGGCAUGAUCAAGAACACCCUGCUGAGCACGGUGGAGGCAUGGCCCUCCCAAGUGCUGAGCAAGGGGGAGAAGGAGCAGCUCAGCUACGAGGAGAGGGCAUGCGAGGGCGGGUGGUUUGCGGCGGUGGAAGUGUCAGGGAAGCCUUUCGACGAAGCCUCGAAGGAAGGGGUGCUCAAGCUCCUCAAGUACGUCGGAGGAACCAACGACAAGGGAAUUGGUAUGGGCAUGACUGCUCCUGUCUCCAUCACUGCUUUUCCUGCUGAAGACGGCUCCUUACAGCAGAAAGUGAAGGUCUCUCUGAGGCUCCCGAGCCAGUUUCAAGCCAACCCUCCUAGUCCUAGCGAUGAAAGCAUUAAGAUUGAAGAGAGACAGGGGAUGACCAUUUAUUCCACGCAGUUUGGUGGCUAUGCCAAAGAGGAGGAUUAUGUGAACUAUGCUGCCAAGCUGAAGUCUGCUCUGGGGAGUGAAGCUGCAUACCGCACGGAUUUCUACCUCUGCAAUGGUUACGACCCCCCCAUGAAGCCUUAUGGGCGACGCAAUGAGGUCUGGUUUGUGAAGGAGUGAGCAUCUGGCUGCCACUGCUGCUGGCUUGCACUGAUAGCCUCCCCACACUAUGUCCGUCUCCUCUUCAAAAUAAACAAUUUGGCAGAGGCAGAAAACCUUCCUCUCUUCCCUCCACAUCUAUGCCUUGGUCUUUUAUGGACCAACCAUUUUAGAAGAACACUGCAGAAUCCUCUGACAAUCCUGCUCCUUCAUUCCGGGCCAAGUCCUCAACCACACAGAUUCUCGUGAUCUGUCGGUGGCUUGCUUUUAUCUCCCACAGGCUCCCCGAGUUCAAUGCUGAGACAGCCAAAGUACUUAAUUAGCAAGACUGGUGCCUGACAGGAGUCACGUCUAAAUGCUGGCAGACUAUUAGUCUCACCUGAGGCAGGCAGGAGAACAUGACAAAAGUGCAUACAAAGACUUUUUUAUCUUCUUGGGCUUGCUGCAGCUGUAAAAUGCCGCUUUUAUCUGUGCCACUCCAAAGGCAGUCUAAAGGGACAUGGGCAUUGCUACCAACACAGCGCAGUGAAAAUAAGCAUCCUUUACAUUGAGUCAUAGUGUUCAGGAGAGCAACACUUCUGUCAUCUGACUGAGAAAUGUAAUUUAGAGUCAGAUCCCGGUUUCUGUUUGCAGCUAUCCUUCUGUUUGAGGUGAGACCUUUUGGAGCAUGUUAUGCCCUGAUCUAAGCUGGCAGUGUGACGUGCAGACCCCAAGAUCAUUUCCUGACCUUCCUGUUACUUGUAUGUAACACUUCUUUAAAACUAGCCUACACAAGGGCCAAAGCUGAAAUGUGUGUGGUAAUCUAAUUGAAUUAGAAAAAUGCAGGCUGUGAAAAAAGCAGGUGCCUAUUACUUGUGAUCAGAGGGUGCAUUUGAAGAAUGGUGAGCAUCUAGUGAAACUACUGUAGGUGCAGAACUUUAAAAAAACUCUUCUUAAAUGGUGUUAGUUUCUGAAGGGCCACUCAGAGCAGCUGUCAUCUUUAAAGGAGGAGGAAAACCUGGCUGUUCUUGAAAAUAGGGAUUUACGUCAAAAAAUGAGUAGCCUUUCAGAAACUUCGUAUACAAUAGUAAGGAUGGGUAUUGUUUUAGGAAGACUGGCAAUGUUUAACUGUUAGGCAUCAAACCAGCAUUUUAGCUGUCGGCUCUGCCGGGGAGGUAGCAGGAUGGCCACAGUGGGAACACGCUCACACACCAUGCUACUGUGGGUGCCUGUAUAAUUCGUUACCUCCAUUAAAAGAGGUGUGCUCCUCUGAGGCUAAAGUGCCUCAGUGUUCAGGUGCUUUCCAAAAGCUGUUUCCCACAGAAAUCCCAGGUUCUGGCCAGUUGAGCUGUUUGACAUGCACCUGCUUUCUGAGAACAAAUCUCAAGAGUAAAAGGAGAAAACCUGAGGUUCUGACAUGCUUUCUUUUUCUUUCUUGCUGAGCCAUAUGAGAGCUUUGCUGUGGACCUCACAAGAUGCUUCAGUCACCUGUAUGCAAGAGCAGCUAGUCAGGAUGGGUAAAAAGUGCAGAUAACAUUUAAUUUAAAAAAAAAAAAACCAAGGGAAAAGCUAUUGGCUGCAGUUAGUGAUUGCAGUGCAGGGGAAGAGGAAUCAAAAGGGAAAUCAAAGCAAAGAGUUAGGGUUUUUAAAGGAGCAAAGGCCCUUCUAAGGUCAUCCCUGAAUCCAAAGGAAUCUAUUCAUGUCUCAGAUUUUUACCUGUGUGGGUGAAGAAUAGAGGUGCACAAUGCUGCCUCGUAUAUGCAUUCCUGGAUCAUUUUGGAACUUCUGUGUAGACUGUGGACACAGUCCUUUCUGGCUACCGGAGAUGAAUGUCCUACAAUGAUCAAAAUCCUGAAAUUUCUCAAAAUUUCUCCUGUGAAAUCUCAGAUGUUAGGAAGACCAAUAAUAAACCUGCUAUGAACAGA